AAAGCUAUUUAUAUACUCCCAUAUACAUAAUCUAGAAUUCAAAUUGUUGUAGCUGUUAUAAGAUAUUCCAGAGCACAUCCUCUUAACAUGGUUGAGGAUAAAUGUUAUUUUGUGUAUUUUGUGUUUAUUAUGAAUGGAAUCGGCAUACUGAUGCCAUGGAACAUGUUCAUAACCUCAAAAGCUUAUUUUUCAGAUUUUAAAUUGGUUAGCUCAAAAGGUGAAUUAACAGUUUAUUCCAAAUAUUAUCUGCAAUAUGUUGGAUUUUGUUCGAUGUUGCCAGGUGUAUCCUUUAUGUGGUUGAAUAUAUUUGUAAAUUUUGGUUCAGGAGGACUAAUGAAGCGAAUACUUUUUAGUAUUUGGGUUCUAAUUAUUCUGUUUGUGUUUACAAUUCUUAUGGCUGUAUGUGAUACGUCUCACCAAGUAAUACUUUUUUUCGUUUUUACAAUGUUAACGGUUAUCCUAUUAAAUAGUGCAAUUGGUGUAUAUCAAAGUUCACUUUAUGGCAUAGCUGCAUCGCUGCCACCAAAUUAUACAGGAGGAAUAAUUCUGGGCAACAAUAUAAAUGGAGUGUUUGUUACACUCCUUUCAAUUUUAUUUCAAUACCUUUUUGCUACUUUACGGAGAGCUGCAAUUUAUAGUUUUCUAUCGGCGCUCUUCUUUUUGUUUAUUUGCCAUUUAACAUUCUUAGCCCUGCGUUUAAAUGAAUAUUUUCGUUCUAAUGAAGUAUUGCGUAAAAAUGAUUUGGCAGCUAAAUUGGAAAGCACUAUUGAAGAUGUUCCAUUCUUACGAAUAUGGAAGCAAGCUUUUUUGCAAGUGUUUAAUGCGUUUCUUGUGUUUUUCGUCACAUUGACAAUAUUUCCUGCAGUACAUUCCGAUAUUCAGGCAACGAAUCCCAAUUUUAUCAUACCGCCUGAAUAUUUUGCACUUUUCACUUGUUACUUGGUUUUCAAUGUCUUCGCAAUGUUGGGUUCCUUGACCAGUGUUUGGGUCAAAUGGCCAUCUCCUCAGACAUUAGUGAUUGCGACUGUCCUGCGUCUUUUUUAUAUACCACUGUUUCUAUUGUGCAAUUAUAACCCGAAGGGUGAAGUGCGUCAACUGCCCGUAGUAAUCGGAAAUGAAUGGGUGUACAUAUUCAUGGGUGUGACUAUGUCUUAUACACAUGGUUACUUUUCAGCACUUGCUAUGAUGUAUGCACCACUAAGUGUUACCGAACACCAAGACAAGGCUGGCAUGUUUGCCUGUGCCAUGCUGAUGACUGGCAUUUUCGUUGGAAUAAUAGCUAGCUUCCUUUGGCCGCACGUAGUUGCAAUGUAGAAUGCAAUAUAGUUUGUGUAUAUAAUAUAAAUAUUUUA